AUGAGUAACAUCUUAAUAUUUCUAAUACACUUUGCAAUAAUUUCAAAUUUAAAAAAAAAUAUCGCAAUAAAAAAUAGAUUGAAAACUGAAAGAUUGAAUAAAUCGAGUUCUUUUAUACUAAAUCGCAAUUUGUACAAUAACACAUUAACACAUCAUGAAGGUGUAAAAAAGCUUAGUAAAACAGAGAUAAAAUCGCUGAAAAGUGAGAGUGAGCCUCUUAAUUCAGGAAAUCACCAGGAAGUAGCCCUGGAGUCGCAAAAUGGAGGCCUGAAAUCGAUAGUAGACAAUGGAUCGAUAAAGAGCAGCUCACUACGGCACGAGAUUCUGGAUAAGGAGUCGCUGCUGGACGACCUGAUCGUCUCAAACGAAAGAAUACAGGAGGCCCUGGAGGACGCAAGUAAGGAGGAGAUGAGCACACCGAAGCUGGAGUCGUCAGUGCUGAAGAAGGUGGUGGACAAGAGAGACCAAGUGAUCAAGCCGUCAGAUAAGACGCUGAAGAGAAGGUCGAAAGAAACAAUAUAUACGAGGCUGCAGAAUUUCGUAAAGUCGUCAGAACAAAUAUUGUCGAAGCACGGACUGCUGGAAGAAGUGAAGAACUUUGUACACCUGUUACACUGGAACGCAUGGCACACGACCUCAGCAGAGCACGGAAUAGAAUGCAAUUGGACGAACGAUCAAUUUGAAAGAUUCGGCGAUCUGAUAGAAAGAAUAGAUAAGAUAAUAACGGAGGAGCUGAGCUCGUUUUUCCAAAAAACAAGCAACACGGACCAGGAUCUGCUGAGUGACGUGGUGGAGCAGAGAACAAGCUUACUAUUCUCAUGGAACAACAUAUAUAAAAAGGCGAAGUCGCAGGUGGAUAAGUCGGAAUUUUAUAUAUACAGAGAAAGAAUGGAAAACAUGUACGCAUUAUCGUGUAAAGUAAAUAAGAUGAUAAGGAAAAUGACUUCACCACUGACGAGUUACAGAAACUGGCAAAUAUAUAGAAUGAUAACAAACAAAUGGUGUAACAUGAAGAGGAGUCUGAGUAGGAUCAAAAACAGCCUGAUGCAACGGCUGUCGAGAACUAGGAUACUUGGAAGACUUCUCCCUGAACACACUGGAGGAUGGGAGGAAGCGGAAGAAGAGACUAUUAGCAGUAAAAUACACCUGGACAGGCUGAACGUACAGCAUCUGCUAAUGAACCUAUCGCACGAAUACAUGGCAAGACAGCACCUGAGAGACGUGGACAAAAUAGACAGGAAGGCGCUGUACAGUAACUGGAGCACGGGGAGCUGGACGAUGUACUUCGUAGGCUCAGGCUCGAGGCAGCCGACGAGCACGAGGCUGACGUCGACGAUGGCAUUCAGAAGAAGAGAGAAGAUGAGCAGCAUAUGGCUCUUCGACUGCGGAGAAGGGACGAAAAACGCACUGGAGGAGCUGGGACUGAACCCGUGCCAAGUGGAGAGGAUAUUCCUGACGCACCUGCACGGAGACCACUGCUACGGAAUCUUCUCAUUCCUGUACCUGAGGGAGCGGACAAAGCCGCUGGAAAUAUACGGGCCGCCAGGAACGAGGAGGCUGAUCAACGCAAUACACCAGAACACGUCGACGUCAACACACAACCACUUCACAAUACACGAGCUGCUGCCGAAGGCGAACCCGAAGGGGAGUACUCAGAGCCAAGGGUUCAGCAACACAAUGAGCGUCAACACUAAAGCAGGAUACGGGAGUAACAUCAAUUCCAUGGCGAGUAGCAUGAACAGCCUAGGAGCGGCUGGCGGGUACGCCGGAAGCAACAUCGCCACUCACAGCCACGGUCUCACGGCCAGCACGGCCAGCACGGCAGUGGAGGACAUCUACAUAAACGGAGAAGAGUACUACAACGUGUACGAAGAAGAGGGCGUGCAGGUGCUGGGAGCGCCGCUGGAGCACACGAUGCCGACAGUGGGCUACGUGAUACAGAGGAACACGAAGAUGAAUCAGCACCAGCCAGAGAAGAAGAUAGUGAUAUGCCAGGACAGCAGCGACAGCAGUAAGAUGGAAAAGAUCGCGAAGGACGCGGACCUCCUGAUCCACGAGGCGACGCUGAGUCCGACGACGCCAAGAGUUAGCGGGAUCCUGGUGGACCUGCUGAAGCACGACAACGCACUGGUGCUCUGCAAGGGAGCAAUAAGGAACCUGUAUGAGUUCCUGAAGGGGAUCGAAGUUAAGCUGGGCUGCUUCAACUUCACUCUCUCAGCGCUGACGUCAUUCGUUAAGUGCGAGCGCUACUACAUGCUGCAGAAGCUCAACGUGCUCAAAAACUUCAUCGACACGUUCAAGAAGCUGACCAGAGAAGAGGGCGCCGGCGAAGGAAGAGGAAGCCACAGCAAGAAGGAGGCGGAGAAGGAGCUGAAGGAAAAGUGGCUGAACAAAGUCUUCAUAUUCAUGGACAGACUUAACGGACUUAACGAGCUUAACAAGUACGAGUACUUCGUGAGGAGGCUGGAGCACAGGUACAAGCUGAUGGAAAAGCUGUGCGAGGUGCUGCCGACGCUGGACCUUAACGGCGUGAUAGAAAGGUCCUCGCGGAGCUUCGUGCUCUCGAGAAUGGUCCACGGCCACAACCCGAUCAACGAGGCCUACGAAAAGUACGACCUGAGGAACAAGCACGAAGAAGGGCACGCGUCGGAAGUCCUGGAGUACCUCAACACGAUAUCGGAGGACAUAUUCGAGUACUGGAGAGAGAUACUGCAAAUACGGAGUUCCACGAAGACAGAGAGCACAGGCGCGGACUCACUGGAUAAUAACUGGACACUGUUGUACAAUAGGAUAAUCGCCAGCUUUGGACACUCGACACCUAACAUGGCGGGAAGGUUCGCGAGCGAAAUCAACGCCAAAAAGUUAAUACUCACGCAUUUCUCAAACAAAUAUCCUGGAGAUGAAAAGUUUGAAAACAUCCUUACUAUGAUACGAAUGGAGAAUGAAGCAAGGUAA